AUGGUUUCAUCGAAGAGACACAGUGACUCUACAGGGUUGACCGAAACGAAACAGGAGACCGGUAAGACUGGGCGAUCGAACGAGCUUGAGCUGCAGCAGCUUGCCACAUUAUCAGACAUUGAGGGACAGGUCUUACCACCUCUUACUGAAGAUGCUUUCGGCAACGAAGAAGGAGCCGAAAUUCAAUACAAGACGUGUGUAUGGUGCAUAGUGAUGCUCGCCGAAAAUGUCUCCCUGGGCGUCCUCGCUCUACCGCAAGCUCUUGCGAUCCUUGGUAUUGUCCCAGGUCUCUUGUGCAUCUGCUUUCUGGGUCUGAUUGCAACUUACACCGGUUGGCUUAUUGGCGAGUUCAAGCUUGCUUACCCGAAAGUGCAAUCAUUCCCUGAUUGUGGAGAACUUAUUGCUGGGCCUAUAGGAAGAGAAAUCAUGGCUGUUGGCUCAGUCCUCAUCCUAAUCUUCAUCAGCGGUGCGCAUGUGCUGACUUUCGCUGUCGCCAUGAACGCCUUGACAGGCCACGGAGCCUGCACGAUCAUCUACGCUGUUGCUGGUAUGAUCAUCUGCUUCGUCCUUGGGCUGCCAAGGACUUUCAAGAACGUCAGCCACUUGUCCAUGUUUUCUUGUGCAAGUAUCGUUCUGGCAGUUUUCAUUGCCAUGAUUGGCAUCGGCAUCUCCAAGCCAGAUGCCGGCAAUAUCCUUGCUGUGCACCCCGAUAUUCCUUUCGUCAAAGGCCUGGGACCAGUUCUGAACAUCAUUCUGGCUUACACCGGUCACGUCGCCUUCCUAUCCUUCCAGGCCGAACUGAAGGAUCCACGAGAGUUCAAGAAAGCACUCUUCUUCGAGCAAGGCAUCGCAGUCACGUUCUACAUGACCAUAUCAGCCGUCAUCUACUACUACGCCGGUCCUCUUGUUACGUCUCCUGCUCUCGGCUCGGCAAGCCCGGUUAUCACCAAAGUUGCUUUUGCCUUCGCCAUUCCCACAAUUAUCAUCGCAGGUGUGGUCAACGGGUCAGUGGCCUGCAAGUACAUCUACAUCCGAAUGUGGAAGGGAACAAAUGUUGUACAUCAGAAGAGUUUCAAGAGCCUUGGAAGCUGGGUUGGGAUAUGUGCUGCACUUUGGGUUGUUGCCUGGUUGCUCGCUGAGGCGAUUCCAAACUUCAACCUUUUGCUUGGCCUUAUCGCUGCACUCUUUGGUUCUUGGUUCAGCUAUGCGCUCCCUAUGGUCAUGUGGUUCUAUCAGCAUAAGGGAACCUGGUUCAAGAGCAAACGCAUGACUGUGUGGUCGGUCUGCAACGCUUUCCUCUUUUGCCUUGGUGUCACAAUUUUCGCUCUAGGAAUGUGGGCCUCAGGACAUGAGCUUCAAAACGGUUCUGGAGGCAAGGUGUUCUCUUGCGCCGAUAACUGGUCGCCAGUGAGCGCAGUGCUCGGGAAUGGGGAGUGA